CUUGUCUAACUAAAUGUGAAGCUUACACAAUAUUGGAAAAGCAGAGAAUUGUCGAUGCUCGGAGUUUACUUCUCCGGCGGGAGCCGGCGUUUCAUGUCUCCACUGGCACACACGGUGGUUUCCGCACCGCCAAUGGCUGCGCUGCGACCCCGACUCCCAAGCGCCCCCGCCAUCGCCACUCUCGCCGGCGUCCCCCGCCGCCACGCAAUCCCGCAGGAGGAGGCCCCGCCGCCACGCCGCCAUGCCAACACAGCCCACCUCAACGCGCUGCUCACGUCCUACGGCCGCCGCGGCCGCCUCCGGGACGCCCAGGAGCUGUUCGACCGAAUGCCCCGCCGGGACGUCAUCUCCUGGACCGCGCUCCUCACCGCCUACGCCGACAACGGCGACCUCGCCUCCGCGCGCCUCGUCUUCGACGACAUGCCCCGCCGUAACGCCGCCUCCUGGAACGCCCUGCUCUCCGUCUACCUCCGCGCUGGUCAACCAGCCGCCGCGCACGCGCUCUUCUGCAAGGCGCCGGCCAGGAACGCGGUGUCCUACGGCGCCGUCAUCUCAGGGCUCGCCAGGGCAGGGAUGCUCCGCGAGGCCGAGGCCGUGUACGCGGAGGUGCCACGGCACUGGCGUGACCCAGUUGCGUCAAACGCGCUGCUGGCCGGGUACUUGAGGGCCGGCGAGCUUGGCAUGGCGCUGAGGGUGUUCGAGGGAAUGACGGUGAGGGAUGUCAUAUCCUGGAGCACCGUCGUUGAUGGGCUCUGCAAGCAUGGAAGCUUGUCGGAGGCCAGGAAGGUGUUCGAGACCAUGCCGGAGCGGGAUGUGGUGUCGUGGACCUCGAUGAUCCGUGGAUAUGUGCAACAUAGGAUGUACAGAGAUAGCUUGCUGCUGUUUCUGGACAUGAGAAGGGCAGGUGUGCAGGUCAAUACGACGACUCUCUCGGUUGCGCUCGAUGCUUGUGCUGAGGCCGGCCUUGUCAGAGAAGGAAUUCAGAUUCACGGUUUGAUUAUAGCAAUCGGGUUUGAGAUCGACGUUUUCUUGGCUGAUUCAGUAAUCAUCUUGUAUUCCCGGUUUGGUUGGAUGGUUGAUGCUAGAAGGGUGUUUGCUUGCAUGAAGUGGAAAGACAUAGUAUCGUGGAACUCGUUGAUCACAGGCUAUGUUCAGCAUAACAUGGUCGAGGAAGCACAUGUGCUGUUCAAGUUAAUGCCUGAGAAGGAUGUCGUUUCUUGGACAUCGAUGGUUGUUGGGUUUGCUAACAGGGGCUGGAUGAGGGAGUCUGUUGAACUUUUCGAGCAAAUGCCAGGAAAAGACGAGGUUGCUUGGACUGCAGUUAUUUCUAGUCUGACUGCAAAUGGAGACUAUUUAAGUGCAGUGCGGUGGUUUUGUCGCAUUGCACAAGAAGGGUGCAAACCUAACACCAUAGCUUUUAGUUGUCUACUCAGUGCUUUGGCCAGCCUGACAAUGUUGAAUCAGGGAAUGCAAGCUCAUGCGUACGCAAUCAACAUGGGAUGGGUCUUUGACUCUUCUGUUCACACUUCUUUGGUAUCACUGUACGCAAAGUGUGGAAGAUUGGCUGAAGCUUAUCGUGUUUUCUCAAGCAUUAGCAGGCCAAGUCUUUUCGCUACUAAUUCUAUGAUUACAGCAUUUGCACAGCAUAAUUUUGCUGAAGGUGCGUUCAAACUUUUUACCAAAAUGCAAAUUGAUGGCCACAAGCCUAACCAUGUGACAUUCUUGGGAAUUCUGACUGCCUGUUCACGUGCUGGUUUGGUUCAACAAGGUUACAAAUACUUUGAGUCAAUGAGAUCAGUCUAUGGCAUUGAUCCAAACCCUGACCACUACACAUGUAUGGUUGAUCUUUUAGGUCGUGCAGGCCUCCUCGCCGAAGCACUGGAAAUGAUUAACUCGAUGUCUCAGAAUGAUCAUUCUGAUGCUUGGGCAGCUUUGCUCAGCGCUAGUAGUCUCCAUUCCAAUCUUGCUUAUGCAAAAAUAGCAGCACAGAAGCUUCUCGAGAUGGAUCCUUAUGAUGCAACAGCUUAUACAGUCCUGUCAAAUAUGUUCUCAUCUGCCGGGAUGAAGGAUGAUGAAGCAGUGCUAAAAGGUUUACAGUUGUCCAACAUGGCCAGUAAAAAUGCUGGCUAUAGCCUUAUUAUACAGGAUAAGGUAGCAUAAAACAGAACACAC